UGAUGUCCUAGAGUAAACCAAAUGGGUGGGAUUUCUGUUUCCGGGUGAAGCCGGCUUCCGGUGUGCCUUCAAGAACCGAGUGCGAUGGAGUCGGUGCUGAGCGAAGUGGUGGCGGUGGAGGAUCUGCAGAGAUUUGAGAAGAAGUACAACGCUGAAUUGAACUCCGGCACUGUCUCCAAAGGGACCACGUUUGAGUACGCCUGGUGCCUGGUCCGCAGCAAAUACAACGAGGACAUCAAGAAGGGCGUCGUUCUUCUGGAAGAACUGUUGCCGAAAGGGGGCAAAGAGGAACAGCGUGACUAUGUCUUCUAUCUUGGAGUAGGCAAUUACCGGCUGAAGGAGUAUGAGAAAGCGCUGAAGUACAUUCGGGGGCUGUUAAAGACUGAACCAGGCAACACGCAGGCUUUGGAGCUGGAGAAACUCAUCAACAAGGCGAUGCAGAAAGAUGGCCUGGUCGGGAUGGCAAUCGUCGGAGGCAUGGCACUGGGUGCAGCCGGGCUGGCUGGCCUCAUCGGCUUGGCCAUCUCCAAAGCGAAAUCCUAACUGGUGUAAGGGAGAGGCUUCCCUUCUCGGUCGGAGCAGCCUGGCCCGGCUGCUGUGACAGCCUGAUCUGUUGGAGAAGCUGAGGGGUGAUUAAAGAGAAAAAGAAAAGGAAAAAAAAACUAAUUGAAUUAAUGCUAACCCAACUGGUUUCUGAGCUCCCUUUCUCUCCUCUUGCUGACUGACCGGAGUGGUCAGUGUUCAACCUCAGCUACGUGGUAGAAGACUGGACAGUAGGCGUUUGUGUGUGUGUGUGAGUGUUGGGGGAGAUUAUCCCUAGGGCGUAGUGCUCAAGCCUCUUGUUGUGUUAGCCAAUUUAAAGCCCUUUGCCACAGGCUCCUAUUUGCUUCUUCCACCGUGGGACAAUAAGGCCAUCAGCCCUCCCCUUUCCUCCAGUAGCCUUCGUUUCCUGUCUCUGAGUCUUGUCCAAAUCGGAGGCUGAAAAGCCAAGGCAUACAUCUCAUUUGGAGAAGCUUUCCAAGGGCUUGCCUCUUCUGAAAACAACAACAACACCACAGGAUUCUUCUUAGGUGAGAACAUGGGAAUGGAGGAGCACCUUCAGAAAGUCCCAGUUUUCUUUGGAGUGGGGGUGUGUGUCUCUUCUCUGUCAGCAGACUGCACUUUCUUUGUCUUUCUCAUGCCCAACUGCGCCUGUCCCUUGUCCUUGAUUCAUCCCCCACAUGCCUGACACGAACACGUGUGCACGUAGCUUUUGCCUUCCCUUACACAAUAUCGUCUCACACUAGAUCGCCUUUGGAUUCCUGACAGUCUGCCUCCUCUUGACUUGCUGUGCAGAGUCUUCUAAUUUCUCUCCCACCUUUCUUAUAAUUUUGUGGGGCCAGAUGAAAGCAAGUAUUGCUGACAGUAGCCGUUAGCUGGAUCUGCCUGGUUUUAGAAUGAAUAAAGAAAGCAACUUGAGUUCAUGGGGAAACACAGAAGAAAGGAUGGAUGUUUAAGCUGCCUUAUAUUGUACAACAUCUGCUUCUGACAUGUGAUGGUGGGCGUUCGGGGUUCGCAAUACUAGAAGCAUCACUCACCCUCUUCCUUUCUGGUAACUCUGUCUCUGCUCACCUAACCGGUGCUUUCACAUUGUUCUCCAGCCUCAACAGUUGUGAGGCAGGAAUGUGAAUAAACAUUUAAGAUACAUGCGGGAA